GCGAAAAUCUUAUGGCAAACCAUGCAUUGCAGCAUAGGCAUGUAAUUUCUCUCAACUAUUUCAACGCAUUGUCAGGCAGGGAGAAUUAAGAGGGGUCGUCAUUGACAGAGGAGUAACUGUGUUGAUCUAUGGAUAAAUUCUCAAACCCUACACAAUUUGAACACAUUCUUUUAUGAGCAUUGAAACUCAGCGGGGAAGUUGUUAUCCAAGUGUAAGACUUUAAAUAGUUAUAUUUAUUUACCUCACUUCUUGAAGUUCCCAGGUCGUGAACUAGGGAACAGUAAAAUGAAAUUUCCUGGAUUUUUAGGACUUUUCUUGUUGAUAGUGCGCGCUAUCCACGCUUCCGACAGCCACUGUAAAAAUGGAAUUUGCGAGAAAGUUUCCCUCUCUCUUGCCAAUGACACGAAGCAGAAUUCUGCUCUUGUCGGGUACGUUAUCGUGACGUUUAACUCCCUUUGGAACUGGAAGCAAUGUUUUAACCUCUGUGUGAAGAAUUGCCAGUGUCUCUCGUUCAACUUCAACGAGGUCAACGCAACUGAAAACUGCGAGUUGAACGAUGCCAACACUAAAGUGGAACCAGAAGCACUGAGAGAAAAGGAAGGAGUGAGCUAUUACGAACUAGUCAGGAAUUAUUACGAUAUGAAGGUAAGAAACCUUUCCAAUACAUGGUUUGAACGGCCUCAGAGCUCGCCUAUUAGGCCCAAGGGAGCUUCCCAGCAGACCUGCCCUGAAUCAGAUUGUCAAAGUAACUGCUGCCACUCUGCCCUGUGUCAAAAUGGCGGCACUUGUCGUGACGUGUGUCAUGCCAACAAGAGAAGAUACAGCUGCACAUGUCCCGAGGGAUUCUCGGGACACAGGUGUCAAUUAAAAGUCCGAUCAUGCAGAGAAAUCCUGCUGGGUGACAAGGUAAAAACCAAUGGAUUCUACAGCGUUUUUGACAAAGAAGACAUCUUGUUCCAGGCCUACUGCGAUUUUGGUUCUGAGCCUAAUUUCGCAUGGACUCUGAUCAUGUCCUACUCUUUUCAAAACAGAGGCACGUUCAGUAAGAAACCAUUCUACCUGUACGACUUGCAAAUCAACCAAGAUGCACAUCAAUGGGACAACUAUCGCUUGUCACUAUCCCGUAUGCAGUCCAUCCGGAACACAUCCACUCACUGGCGAGCUACUUGUAACUUCGCGACCAAAACAAUGGACUAUCGGGAUUACAUUCGCACGUCGUUUGCCAAUACCGAUUUUCUUGUAACUCCUGAUGGAAAUCGUUGCAUUCGGUACGAGUUUGUCGACAUCCGGGGAAAUAGGUGCCAAAACUGCACUGUCUACUCCCCUUACAAUCCCAACUUUGAUUAUCAUAUCGAUAGCUGGUGGGGCAACUUCUGUGACUUCACGGCGAGAACAGGGGGAGUCGAGGACGAAGAUAACUUUGGCUUUUAUUUAACAUGGAACACCGCAUUCGGGUGCUCUUCCACACAGACCUCCACAACUGAAUACUGGAUUGGCGGCCAUACAUAAAACAUCUGAAGAUAGGUUUGUAUUUCAUACAUGCCCAACCUGAUGCAACAGCAAUGAAUUUGACGCGUACUUGAGCCAGUGCAAAAGUACCCUGGUUUUAGGGGCUCUCUCUCUUGUCGUUCAUUUCUAAGG